UUGACGUCUGCGCCGCUGGGGGCUGGAACCGCAGCUCGUCCAAAGAGCAAAUGUUGGCGCCGCAGCGCGGGAGUCAGCUAUGGACUGGAAAGAAAUCCUUCGCCAGCGGCUAGCGACGCCCAACACCGACCUAAAGAAAAAGAAAAGUGAGCAAGAAUUGAAAGAUGAAGAAAUGGAUUUAUUUACUAGGUACUACUCUGAAUGGAAAGGAGGUGGAAAAAACACAAAUGAAUUCUAUAAGACCAUUCCCCGGUUUUAUUAUAGGCUGCCAGCUGAAGAUGAAGUUUUACUACAAAAAUUGAGAGAGGAGUCCCGAGCUGUCUUUCUGCAAAGGAAAAGCAGAGAGCUGUUAGACAAUGAAGAAUUACAGAACUUAUGGUUUUUGCUGGAUAAGCACCAGACACCACCUAUGAUUGGAGAAGAAUCAAUGAUUAAUUAUGAAAGUUUUUUGAAAGUUGGUGAAAAAGCUGGAUCAAAAUGCAAGCAGUUUUUCACAGCAAAAGUUUUUGCUAAACUCCUUCAUACAGAUUCUUAUGGAAGAAUAUCUAUUAUGCAGUUCUUUAAUUAUGUCAUGAGAAAGGUGUGGCUUCAUCAAACAAGAAUAGGACUCAGUUUAUAUGAUGUUGCUGGACAAGGGUACCUUCGGGAAUCAGACUUAGAAAACUACAUAUUGGAACUUAUUCCCACUUUGCCACAAUUAGAUGGAUUGGAAAAAUCUUUUUAUUCCUUUUAUGUUUGUACGGCUGUUAGGAAGUUCUUCUUUUUUUUAGACCCUCUAAGAACAGGGAAGAUCAAAAUUCAAGAUAUUUUAGCAUGCAGCUUUCUAGAUGAUCUGUUAGAGCUAAGGGAUGAGGAACUAUCCAAAGAGAGUCAAGAAACAAAUUGGUUUUCUGCUCCUUCUGCCCUAAGAGUUUAUGGCCAGUAUUUGAAUCUGGAUAAGGAUCACAAUGGCAUGCUCAGUAAAGAAGAGCUCUCUCGCUACGGAACAGCAACCAUGACCAAUGUCUUCUUGGACCGGGUCUUCCAGGAGUGUCUCACUUACGAUGGAGAAAUGGAUUAUAAAACCUACCUGGAUUUUGUCCUUGCAUUAGAAAACCGAAAAGAACCUGCAGCUCUUCAGUAUAUUUUUAAAUUGCUUGAUAUAGAGAACAAAGGUUAUCUGAAUGUCUUUUCCCUUAACUAUUUCUUUAGGGCUAUACAGGAACUAAUGAAAAUCCAUGGACAAGAUCCUGUUUCAUUUCAAGAUGUCAAGGAUGAAAUCUUUGACAUGGUAAAGCCAAAGGAUCCUUUAAAAAUUUCUCUUCAGGAUUUAAUUAACAGCAAUCAAGGGGACACAGUUACCACCAUUCUAAUUGAUCUGAAUGGAUUCUGGACUUAUGAGAACAGAGAAGCCCUUGUUGCAAAUGACAAUGAGAACUCAGCAGACCUGGAUGAUACAUGAUCUCUCAAAGACUGGAUUAUAUUCAUUAAGAUAAACUUGAAUGUAGCAUAUAAAACCUUUGGUGCACAAUCCUUAGAAAAGACUUAAAUAAAACACUUCUGUGCCUGUAGAACACAGCAAAUGUUCUGACGAUUGAAAUUUUGGUUGUGGUUCUUUGAAAGUUACCAGGAUUAAGUGCUGAAUUAAGAGGUAGUAAGUUGAUACUACAGGUGUGACCUGGUGAAAGUAGGAGUCCACUUUAAUCUUCAGAAAUAACAGUUUUCAUGGAAUAGCUCUGACAUGAAGUCACUAAGAAUAUUUUGAGGAUCCUGCAGGAAGAAACUUUCUCAGUGCACGUACCUCAAAGGGUUCCCUUGUGAAUGCUAUGCAUGAAAGGAUUUUAGGAUUUUCCUCCAACAAACAAAUGGGAUUUGAAUGUACAUCUAUGACUGACCCUAAACACUGCUAGUGCUUGGCUCCUCCCACAGGUCAAACCAGCAGUGGGUGUGGUUUUCCCAGCAGGCAGCCACAUUAGCUUCCACCAGUUAAUCUUCCGUCCAUAUCCCAUAAGAUCCACAUCUUAUACUGAACUUUCUUAUACUUUUUAUACUGAACUUUCACCAGGGCAGGCCUGGCUAUCCCAACCACAUUAGGCCAAUAGCCUAUUAAGUCCUUUCUCCAAUCAGCAUUCCCCCAAAUCUGACAAAAGUAGCAGUGAGUGCAAGAAAAAAUACACCCUAAUCAAAGAGUAGCAGUAAGUUCUGGCCAAAGAAUGCAUUCCCUGAUCAGAGCAAGAGGCUCUACAAGUCACACAAGAAAAUCAAAUUGGAAGGGAAUUAGCUUUGACAAAGAGACCCCUAACCACGGAAUUCCCCCAGAGUCCUCCCUGGCAGUGAGGGUGGGACACUGAGAGCAUAUUGGAAAGAAUCACCUCCCAACUACCAGAGGCACCACAAGGAAACAGCAGAUCCCCACCAUGAGAAGUGGAUGAAGAUAGGAGCCUUGAAGACUCCACAAGGAAUAUCCACCCACAUAAUGAUAAAGAAUCCAGAGAUAGAAUGGUGAGAAUGCUUAAUGAGCUCAAUAAACAUGGUAGUGAUGUUUAAUGAGAAAUAGUGGAAUGGACAUCCAAUAAAACACAGGAGUAUAUGAGCGCAGAAAUAAACUACAAGCAGAAAAAUGUUUGCUUAAAAAAUUUGGCAGGUGACAGGAAAAACUCAAUGGAUGCCCUCAACAGUAAAGUAACAACAGCUAAAGACAAUCAGUGACCUUGAAAAUGAUGUAGAGAACCUUAACGCAACAAAAGAAGGAAAAAUACCCGAAAGUAAAUCAAUAGCAGACAAGAGAACUUUGGGAUGAAUUCAAGAGGAACAAAUAAGAAUCAUCAGAGUCCCAGAGGGACAGGAAAACAACCCCAAUGAGGAAGUAACAAAGACAUCAUUGCUGAAAAGUUCCCAGAGCUGGAAAACAAAGACAUCCAGACCCAGGAAGUCUGAAGGGUUACCAGCUAAAAAAGACCCUAAUAAAAAGACUCCAAGUCAUAUCCUAGACAGACCAUCGUGAUACAAUACUAAAUGCAGCAAGAUUAGAGAAGCUUAAAGGUUGGCUCUUCCUGGGGACAUCUCAGUAUAUAUUCCAGACCACAUCUAGUCUUUCCUAACCCCAGCAGGGUUCUUAUUCAGUUACUUCUUUUUGGGUCAUGACAGUUUGUUCUGUGACUAUACUCUUCACUUACACUUACGGCACCUACCUUGUCUCCUUUCGAUGCCAGGGUUGCUUACAGCUUGCCCUAGGUCCACUCAGUCCCUUCAUCAGGACCCUGCUUUUGGAGUGCUAGGAACUAAGGGCAACUGAUGCUUAAGUAAAUAUGGAUGCCCAGGAGUAAAUAUUUUGGAGUCAAUUUACUCUGUUACAAAACAGCAUGAAAUGUCUUCCUGUGUCUAUACAAAAAAGGACAUUGCUAAAUAAGCCAUGCAAAUGACAUAAAGGAAAGAGAAAAGCAAUAUAGGAUUAUUAACACUUGAUGGAAUUUGGCUGUGGGAGUGAGUAACUCAAUAAACCUAAGCUCCCUGCGGGAGGAGCAAGGAUAACCCAUUCCAACAUCUUCAGAUGAAGAUAAUAUAUUUAUAGAAUCCUAAAAACUCUACAAAAAAAAGCUAGAAAUAAUAGAAUUGUAUAGGAAAGGGCAUGUUACAAAAUCAAUACACAAAAAUUCAUGGCUUUCCUAUAUACAAAUAAUGAAAGAGAAGAAAGAUAUUUUAAAAAUCCUGUUACAGUUGAUCCUCAGAAAAUCAAGUACCUCAAAGUAAACUUAACUUAAAGAGGUGAAUCUAUGCAAAGAAAACUACAAAAUACUACUUCAAGAAAUAAAAGAGGACAUGAGGAAAUGGAAAUACAUCACUUCUCAUGGACUGGGAAGAUUACCAUCAUCAAAGUGACAAUACUCCCUGAGCAUACAGAUUCAAUGCAGUCCCUAUAAGGAUGCCCAUGACAUUUUUCAAAGAAAUAGAUCAAACACAUCUGGAAUUCAUAUGGGACAAUAAAUCCCCAUGAAACAGUGACACCUUGAAAGAAAUAGUGAGUAGGAUAUAAAGACAGCCCACAGAAUGGGAAAAAAUUACUCAACACCCAUCUGAUAAGGGGUUGAUAUCAAAGAUAUAUAAGGUACUAGUAGAACUUUACACAAACACACACACACACAUCCAAACCCAUCAGAAAGUAGGGAAAAGAACAGAUUUCUUCAAAGAAGAAAUUAAAAUGUUCAAAAGGCAUAUGAAAAAUGCUCUGCAUCACUAAUCAGGAAGAUGCAAAUCAAAACAACAUGAUAUCUCACUCCAAAGAGACUGGCAUACAUCAAAAAGAACAAGAACAACUAGUGCUGGCAUGGAUGCAGGGAGAAAGGAACUUUGAUUCAUUGUUGGUGGGAAUGCUGACUGGUUCAGCCUUUGUGGAACACAAUAUGGACAUUCUUCUUAAUACUAGAAAUGGAGCUUCCAUAUGACCCUGGGAAUACUACUCCUGGGAAUAUGCCCUAGAGGCCCAAAACACAAUGCAGAAAAUCCAGCUGCAUGUCUAUUUUAAUUGCAGCACUAUUUACAAUAGCCAGAAUCUCGAAACAAACUGAGUGCCUGAGAACAGAUGACUGGAUAAAGAAAUGGUGGUAAAUCUACGCAAUAAAUUGCAGCCACUAUGAAAAAUGAAGCCAUGAAAUGUGCUUAUUAUACAUGAAUUGGAGUAUCAUGCUGAGUGAAAUAAGUCUGAAGGAGAAGAGACAUAGAAUGACUGCAAUCAUUUGUACUAUAUUAAAAAAACAUAGUAUGAAACAGUAUUAAAACUAUAUCCAAAUCGGGCCAGGAGGACUGAAGGGCCCACAGCUGGAAACUUGCCAACGUGGGGUAAAGAGAGGGUAGUUAGGACAGAGAAGAGAGCACUAUGACAAUGUUAGUUGGAAAUGAUCACUUUGGGUAAGAACUGGGUGCUGAAAAGAGGUCAAGUGAUAAAAUGAUAUACAUGAUAACCUUUCAGUACCUGUACUGCAUGGCAAACCAUAUGC